GGGACAGAGUCGGUUGCACUUCCGGUUUGUAAAACACCAGCCGAGGUCUGUGAAGGAGCCAAAAUCCUGAGAAGGUUCUUUGUUGAGUUGAUCAGUUCCUACGGAAAUAAUGCCAAGAGGAGGUGCAAGAGGAGGAGGAGGAGGAGGAGGCGGAAGAGGAGCUAAGCGUAUAUUCAAGGGUCAGAGACGACAUUUUACAAAUGAAGACCAAAUUAAUUCGGACAUGGAGAAAGCAGAGCGUGAGCAGCAAUGGCGGAAAGCAAGAGGAGAGGUUGGUGUUGGUGAUGGAGUGCAGCCUGGAGAUCUCCCUCCCUCUGACUCGGAGUCUGAGGAGACAGACUCUGACGAUGAAUUGGCAAAGCCAAAAGGAGUAUCACAUCUUAUUGAAAUAGAGAACCCAAACCGUGCAAAUCGGUCACAGCUGAGGAAAGUUACGGACGAAGCCCGAAACACCAAGACAGAAUUGUCAAGGAGAGAAAGGGAGGAGAUAGAAAAGCAACAGGCACGAGAAAACUACCAGAAGCAGCACUUGGCUGGUAAGACAGAGGAGGCGCGGGCUGAUCUGGCCAGACUGGCAAUCAUCCGCAAACAGAGAGAGGAGGCAGCUAAGAAACGUGAUCUAGAGGGUGAAAAAGCAAAAGAAGCAGCAUCCAAGAAAAAAUCCUGAUGUCGCUACGAAUAGACGAUUUAUGUAAUUUAAUUGACUGAAUAUGUUGAAGAACAUUUGGGGAAACAGCGAUACUGAGGUGACAGAUGGUGGAGGUGAGGUCCAAGACCGCCUUCCAAGGCAUGCUAGAUAAACCCAGACCCACUGCUAACAGCUUCCUUCAGUUGGUUGUUUUGUUUUCUGUAUUAAAAUCUUUUUCAUUGUUACCCAAAAUUUCUUGAAAUGUACACAUGGUAGACAAUUACAAUAUCUAGAUUUACUGUACUUAUGUAAUGAUGAAUUUAAUUAAUAUUUACCACUGUAUGACAAUUUACUUUUUGUAAUAUUUGCAAAUGUAUUUUAAUGUCUGAUUUGGUGGCAUAAAUGAUGAUCCCUGUUGUACAUUAGGUUCUGUAACACUGAUAGAACUUCUUCUCCAUCAAGGGAGUGUAAUGUUUAGGCAGAUCAGAGAUGUUAUUAUCAUUAUUUUUUUUUUUGCAAAUGUUUACACUUUCAUAUUAUCAUAUCUUGUAUAUAUCUCUAAAAUUUCAAUACCUGGUAAAUUUUCCUAAGACUAAAAAAAAAAAUGAUUUCUUUAAUUCAAAUGUCACUGCCAAUUUUGUCAUGAUAUCUCUAUGCGAGUUGGCAAUUUAUUGAAAAUAUGUAGUACUUGGUUAUAUCGGAAGGUAAAUAAACAAAUACAUAUGAAACUUUUCCACCAACGGUACAGCUUUUUGCCUUAGCUUGUAAUACCCUCCAAUACCCACUUUGUAUCAUAUGGCAAUUCCAGUUUAGUAGAUGCAGUGUAACGUUCUAUCACAAUAGUCUUUUACAUGGUAUGUGUAUUGCUGCAGGUAUGGGACAACUAUGCAAUCUAACUAACAUAGUUCUGCCUGUGGAAUAGAAAAUGUCUUCAGGUUGAACUGAAUGACUUCCUGCGAGAUUUAUGCAUAUGCUGUUUUCUCUGAUCAGAAUAAUGUGAUCUAUAUCCAAGAAUUUGUCGACCUGAAAAGCAACAUUGUCAUUGGGAUUGGAUUAUGAAGUGGAAGUGAUUUUCUUUUAACAUUAAGACAAUUGAUAAAGUAACCAGUCAAGUCAUCUACUGUUUCAAAACAAGGAGAUCCAUUUUAACAGUCAAUUAGUGAAGUAUUGUAAGUUGCUUUUUUCUAGUUGUUGGUUCUAAAAAUAAAUCUGAACUCCAGAUCGACUUUGGAAAGCACAUUCAUGUUGUCAAGAGAAAAAUGAAUAAUGUGUCCCAGUAAAUUUAUCUGUACAUGUAUCACCACAAUCAUGAUGGGCAUAACACCCAAAAAUAACUGGGGAAUCAUCAUUGAAAAAUGGAAUAUCCUCAUUACGUUGAACCAUGAACUCGUAGAUUACAAUAUAAUUUUCUCAAAGUGUAUUUACAGCAAAGCCAAACUGUCUACUAAUGCAAGGCUUAAACUCUUUAAUUUACUGAAAGAUAAAUUCCAUUGAAUUAUUAAUAAAGUAGAAAGGAACACUUUUUAUUUUGAAAUAACUGAAAACACAUUUGUUUAUUGCAAGCAUAAAGUAUUGAAACAGAUGUCAUAGUUGUACUGAGAAUGAAUGCAAUAAUACUGAAGUCUUCAUAUAUUUGGAUCAGUUUUGUAUCCAGAACAAUAUAUGUCUAAAGUGCUGAAAAGAUAUGUUUAUUAAAGUGUUGGAUUGGAAUUACUUUACUCAAAUGAAGUGCAUUGUCACAUGCAUUUAACAAGGUGAACUGCAUUAUUCAAUUACAUGUACCUUUAUAAAUCAUGUUUAUUGUAUUUUGUGAAAAUAGGAUUACUAUUACCAUGGUGAUUAAGUGCUAUAUUAAAUAAAAUAUCUCAAGUUUG